AUGAAUCAAUCUGCUCAUAUAGACAAGGUCUUGCAAAGACAGUCAUCAGAAGAAGUAUUGAAUAAUCGUUUGAGGCUUAAAACCUCAAUUGACUGUGUUCGUUGGCUUGCAUACCAAUCAUGUUCUUUUCGAGGCCACAAUGAAGGCCCAACGUCGAAAAGUUCAGGUGUUCUCCAAGAACGUUUCCUUGAUAUCGUAAGCGUCAAAGACACAACUUCGUUGACUCUUAAAAACGAACUUUCAACAUUUUUUUCUCAUCAUGCUUUAAGUAUUGACAAUCUUCGAGGGCAGGGUUAUGAUGGUGCAAGCAAUAUGCGUGGCGAAUGGAACAUGUUACAAGCAUUAUUUUUGAAAGAUUGCCCCUUGAAGAAAAUGUUUAGUGCUACUGGGAGUGUGCUUCAAACCAUUAUAUCUGAUGGAGCAAAUUAUUCCCAACGCGGUGACGCUGAUUCUGCUUAUACUGCUAUGACAUCUUUUCAAUUUGUUUUUAUCUUACUCUUGAUGGAAAGGAUAAUGGGAGUUACAGAUGUUCUUUGUCACGCUUUGCAACAACGAUCCCAAGACAUAUUGAAUGCUAUGCAUUUAGUCUCAACAACAAAACAACUUCUUCAAAAUUUGAGAGAUGAUGGGUGGGAUAGUUUUUUAAAUGAUCUUAAUUUGUUUUGCCAAAGUAAUAAAGUAGGUCGGGAGAAGUCGAUUCACCAGCCACGAGAUACUAAUAUCACGAUGGAGCAUCAUUUUCAUUUUGAUAUACUUGUGAAUACCAUAGACACACAAAUGAAAGAGUUAAAUUGCAGAUUUAAUGAGCAAACAAUGGAACUUUUAACUCUUAGUUGUGCUUUGGACCCAAGUGAUUCAUUCAAGUCCUUUAAAGUAGAUGAUAUUUGCACUCUUGUUGAUAAAUAUUAUCCUGCAGAUUUCACAAAACAAGAUAAGCUCCUCCUUAAGUUUCAAUUGCAACAUUAUCAUCUUGACAUGACUAAGCAUCAAGACCUAUAUCAUUUGUCUACUCUUGCAGCACUAUGCGAAGGAUUAACAAAGACGGAAAAAUCCAAAGUAUAUUAUCUAGUUGAUAGGUUGAUUUAUUUGAUCUUACUUCUUCCGGUGUCUACUGCUACCACAGAACGAGCUUUUUCUGUUAUGAAACUUACCAAAACUAGAAUUCUGAACAAAAUAAAAGAUGGGUUCUUUGGAGAUUGCAUGAUUCUACAUAUUGAAAGGGAAAUUGCUGAUCUUUUUAGUAGAUAUUCAAUAAUAGAUGAAUUCUAUUCGAAGAAAAAACGUAGAGCACAACUUAAAUGA